CAUAUAGACGGGAGCCGGCGACUUGAGCGCUGCCACACAGACUGUGAGUGAAAAUAGUAAGCAAGUGAAGAAAGGGGGCUAGAUGACGGGCGUCGAAGAAAGCCGGAGCAUUGUUUGAUUUUUUUGUUUUUGUUUGUUGGUUUUGAGUGAAGAGUGGCACAUAAACCAAAGAUUUGAAGCGGCCAAACAAAAUGCUUUGCCACGUUACUCGCCCGGACUCGGUGGUGAUGGAAGUGGAAGUUGACGCGAAGGCGAACGGAGAAGAUUGCUUGAAUAAGGUUUGCAGAAAGUUAGGUAUCAUCGAAGUGGACUACUUCGGGCUGCAGUUCACAGGCAGCAAAGGCGAGAGCUUGUGGCUCAAUCUGAGGAAUCGCAUCUGCCAGCAGAUGGACAACGUGGCGCCGUGCCGACUGAGACUGCGGGUCAAAUUCUUUGUGGAGCCUCAUCUCAUUCUGCAGGAACAAACCAGACACGUCUUCUUCAUGCACGUGAAGGAGGACCUCCACAAUGGUCACCUGCGCAUGGGCUCGGAGCAAGCCGAGGAACUGAGCGCCCUCCUGGCCCAGGCCGAGUUUGGCGACUACAACCAAAACACGGCCCAGUACUGGUACUCGGAACUGUGCGGGGAGGAACCCUGUCCCGCCACCAUCAACAGCAUCGUGUCUAGACACAAGGCUCUGGAGGGGGUGAGCCAGGGCUCAGUGGAGUAUCAAGCCCUGCAGCUGGUCUCCAUGCUGGAGCACUACGGCGUGGAGUGGCACUGGGCCCGCGAUGCCAACGGACAGCGGCUGGCCAUCGGUGUCGGACCAGAAGGUAUCGCCGUCUGCAAGGAGGACUUCAGCCUUGUCAACCGGGUGAGCUAUCCCGUCAUUCAGAUUGCCACCCAGUCGGGGAAGACGGUGUACCUGACGGUUACCAAGGACACCAACGACAGCGUGGUGCUCAUGUUCAAGCUGAUCAGCAACCGGGCCGCCAGUGGCUUGUACCGCGCCAUCACUGAAACCCACGCUUUCUACAGGUGCGACACCGUAACAAACGCGGUGAUGAUGCAGUACAGCCGGGACUUCAAGGGUCACCUGGCAUCCCUUUUCCUCAACGAAAACAUCAACCUGGGCAAGAAGUACGUCUUCGACAUCCGCCGCACCUCCAAGGAAGUCUACGACCACGCCCGCCGCGCCCUCUACAACGCCGGCGUCAUGGACCUGAUGUCAUGCUCCAGCAGUGGGUCCCCGGCCUCGCCCAGCCGGGACGACGGGCGGCACCAGGAACAGGAGCAGCAGGACGAUGACGGCUCGGACUGCGGCAGCUGCCAGCAGAGUCGAGCGCUGCAGGAGAGGCUGCACAAGCUGCGAGAGGCGCUGCUCUGCAUGCUGUGCUGCGAGGAGCAGAUCGACGCCGCCUUCUGCCCGUGCGGACACCUGGUGUGCUGCCAGACAUGCGCCAGUCAGCUGCAGUUGUGUCCGGUGUGUCGUUCGGAGGUGGAGCACGUGCAGCACGUCUACCUGCCCACCUGCACCAGCCUGCUCAACCUGACCAUGGCAGACAACCGGCAGCACCGCAGCGCCGGCGGCAUCCCCGCAUCUAUCUGCCGCGACUUGGCGUCUCCUCACAACUGCACAGAGUACGACAAGAUCUAUCACACGUGAAGGCAUACCUUUUUGGACAUCCCCGUUAUGGUUUUUUCAUGUGUCCAUGUGUAUUUCUAGCCCGCCAUCCUCCUGACUGAUGGACAGACCACUCUCCCCAAAAUGUGUGUGUGUGUUGCCAAAUAGUUUUAGUCCUCUACAUUUAAUUUAAUGAUUGCAUCAGUUGAGCUGAUGCAUCACACACCUUUUUAUUUGAUGUUGUUUUAGAAGAGCACUGUACAUACUGGUGUUCACUUUUUAGAAGCGUCCCCAUUUUGAUUUGACGACUAAUCUUUUAUUGAAUAGAGUGAGACAUUUCGGUUUGUUUUUGUCUUGUGUUGGGUUUUAAAUGCCAACGAGGAGGCUUUUAGAGGCUAAGCAGCUCCACUUUAAGUUCACUUUGGGCACACUUGUUGCACUCCACUCUAGAACUCGAUUCCAUGAACAUUUAAAGUCCAUUUCCAGGAAUAACUCGACAAAGUAUGUUGUAUACUCCUCUGGGGUGCACUAGUAAGUCUGUUUUCUAAAGGGUACAAAUAUCCGUGCAAUACCUGCCUGCUUCUUUUUAUUUAAUGUCGCUAUUUAAAAAAACAAAGUACAUUGUCACUUUACAGAGGAAGCUGCAUCCACACUGUUUGUCUUCUAGACCAGGGGUUGGGGAACCUUUUUGGCUUGGAGCGCCAUGAAAGCCACAUAUUUGAAAAUGGACUGUAGGAGACUUUUUUCACCAAAUAACAAUUUCAGAAUCCUGUAAAUCUCAGAAUUUACUCUUAAUAACCUAGGUUUGGCACUGUACUCUAUAUAUCUUUUAUUAGAAUUAGCAAGCAAAUGUCUAAGAGCCAGAUACAGUCAUCAAAGGAGUCACAUGUGGCUCCCGAGCCGUAGGUUCCCUACCCCUGUUCUAGAGGUUCGGCCUUAAUGUAGCAGCGCCGCCAUUUUUGUUUGUAAACUUCCAACAGAUUUUUUUUUUCUGCUAAGGAGGAAAAAAUAUCUUAAUUGCUGACUCAAUUCAAGUUAGUUGAGGGAUUUUUUUAAUGAGGUUGUAUUAGUAGCCAUUUGUUUCUGUUUUCUGAAGCAAAAGCCACUGUUUGAGUUCUUAUAAUGUUCUGCUUUUGACCAAGGAGGAAGUAUUAAUAAAGUUUUUUAAUACAAAC